GUCUCCCCUCGCAACCUGCUUCCAACUCGUAAGCUCUGUAACAGUACACAGGCGAUAUACAGGCGCACCAAUGCCUAUCCUAGAUUCCUCUAGUAACGUAGGCAUCAGCGGCGGCAACUUCAUCGACGUUAACGGGUCCAUCUACAACACCGAGCACCGCACGAACAUGAACAUGAUCAACUCCGGAAACACCCAUAACGUCCAAAUCAAGGACUCCUUCAACGACUACUCUACAAACGUAAGAGGUUCGAUCGAAUCAUCGUACGAUUACGGCAGACACAGCUCCUCGCGAUCGGGGUCACGAAGAGACUACCCCAGUCACCGCUCAUCUUCAGAAUCCGACGACUGGGAUACCCCCGGUUUUCCUUUCGAUCAUGUACCUGUUCCUCCCGGGUAUAGAAAGCCACGGCCUCCAGUUGCUGCGCCCCGCUCUUCGCGGUAUCCAGAUCAGGCAACACCCUUCAUCGAAGACGCCCACAAUGCAUUUGCCGAGGCGAUGAGGAAUGUCGCACAAGCUGCGCGUCCCCCAAUUGCCACACACAGCUACUCAACAACCACCAGGGUUCGCCGGAAGAACCCGUCUUCCUCUCAUUCCUUUCAUUAUCGGUCUGCAUCUGCGGAACCGGCUUUUGGAGACGUCUACGAGGAUGAUGAUGAUCCUCCAUUCCCUACUCCCCAACAUCACAGCCCUGGAUAUCUUCUCCCGGAAGUCCAUCGUGCUCCCUCGAAGAGGCGAGAUCGGGAGCGGCCUCGUUCGUCCCAUGAACCGUACGACGAGCGUUCGUCUCGACAGUCUGACAUUCAGCUGCGAUCGAGUACUUCUAGACAUCGCAAACACGAGACUCGCUCCCAAGAUCGACAGCCUGCACGGACAUCACACCAGGAGCCCGAGUAUCACGAUUACGAUGAUGAUGAAGUCUGCCCGUACUGCAAUGACUGGAGGGACCAGUGUCGAUGUUACGAGGGCCAGGACUACCAGGAGUACAGCGACAACAGGACGAGUCGACGGACAUCGAAGCGGAAGGCGAGAAAGGUUGAACAGUACGAGUGUGAAGAAGAAGAGGUACAAGGCUAUGAUGCCUACCCAGAUCCAGUGCACCUGCUUCCCGAGGAGCCUGCGCGUCGUGAUCGAGGUGAGCGCUCAGGAGAUAAAGGAGCUUCUCAAAGGGGAUCGCGCACCUCCCUCCACCGCGAGGAGAAGGACAGUCGUCGAGAGUCGCGCACCUCCUUGCUAUAUGAAGAAGAGGAGUAUCGAAGGGUGUCGCGCACCUCUGUGCCGCGUGAAGACAAGGACACUCGGAAGAAGGCAUCACGCACAUCCGUUCGCGAUGGGCGUCACUCGCCGGCACCCAAACCCAGCGCUACUCCUCCCGUCCGCCGGGAGAGCACUGAUAGCGCUCUGAGCUACGUCUCCGCUCCUGUUCCCAAGAAGCCAGAGCCCGUCCCCUACGGGAAGUCGCGCAUUGAAGUGCUCGCUGAACAUUCGAACAAGCGCUCUGACUCUCCGAGCUCUGAUACCAUGAGCACCAAAGGUUCUGACCGCACCCCAUCCAUUCGCAUUCGGUCAUCGUCUCCCAUUGAGGAAGCUUCUGGCAAGGGCAAGGAGCGAGCCUCCCGAAGUCGACGAAGCAGUCCCACGAGGAGCGACGCUGGUUCCGAAGCUCCCAAAGUCCAGAUUCGAUCCGCUUCCCCAACGGCGUCAGAGACUGCGAAAGACAAUAGGAUUCCAAAGGGUGUUGGAAGCGACUUCGAGGAGGGCAGUCCUUCCCCGGUUCGUUCGGAGUCUCCAGAGCCCAUCACGGAACCUGAAGGCCAGAAGGUCACCCUUACACGCCAGAGCAGAGUUCCAACCCCGGUCAAAGAGGCUCGAGUCGACAAGACUCCUAAAGAUACCCCUGCCCCUCUAUCAGGCGGAGCAGCAGGAAUCACAGAGGAGCUCCAGCGAGUAAGCCUGAACAGCCUGCCGCCCAAGGCAUCCACCUCGUCGCCUUCCCUUCCAACUCAAACAAGUUCCUCUACGUCUCCACCGGGAGGGCAGAAGGGGGACUAUGUUGGUGACAUGUUGGUGGAGCUGUUCGUCCCUGGGAAGGAAGGCGAGGCCGAGGUUGAGGCGACCCUUGGUGCGAGCCUCUCCCGGGCUUCUGGCUCCAACCUAUCCCUUAACUCGGACGUCAGCGACACUCCGAGUUCGUCUGGGAAAGAUAAGAAGAGGAAUGUCCUCAAGAAGCUCUUCAAACCUAAUAAGAAGUGA